CUCGACUCCUGCACCUCAUCGCCCGUUUUGGUUGUAACUCGCGCUCUCGCUCUAGCUGCCGGUACUUGUUUCCGCCAUCGCUGGCAUCCUCCAUCCUGUCCUGCUCUUCUUCUUAUAUGAAGGCGACGCUUCGGGGGAUUUGUUCAAGCGUCGGAGACUUUUCUGUCUUUGCUCCACAUUCAUCACCCCGACUCCGUGUACCACUGCGCAGCUUGUUGGUCAAAUUCAACAUUGAGCACCGAGGCGGUAUCGACAUCGACCCGUCUUUGCAAAUCGUCUCCGUCCUCCGUCCGCCGCCAUGAAACCUUCCGUCCCUCCUCCGGCCCCGGACGGUGUCCCCAAGCACCGGGCCUGCGAUGAGUGCCGAUCUCGAAAACUUGCCUGCUCCAAGGAAGCCGAUGGAUGUGCCAGGUGCCGGAAAGAGGGCAUUCAAUGCCACUAUUCUCCACAGAAGCCCAUGGGCCGCCCUCGCAAACGACGCCAUGUCGAGGAAGAAGCCGUACCCGCCGUCACUCAACAGCUGGUGCGCGAUGACUUGACCACUCCGCCUUUGGGCACAAUGAGCCCCCAGCUACCCAUCUCCAUGGGUAGCUUUCAGAUGCAGCCGCCUCUUCCUGUGGACCCGAGUUUCAACUUCCUCGAUGACUCCGGCCCUUCCAACAUGGAGUUCUGGGAUCUCCUCCCCGGCAACUACCUGGAGAUGCCUACUGAUCCCAACCUCUUUCUCCCCACCGAUCUUGACCCAAGCGGAGGAGCACCUGUUGUUCCUCCCAUGAACAUCACCGGUGUCGACCUUCUGGGAUCCAUCAACUUUAAUGAGCCGGACCAUUCACAGGCCGUCUCAAGAGACCUCAGCGAUUCCUUGCAGCGGUACAUGGCCGAACAAGUAAGCUUGCCUCAGCGAACGAGCUCCUCGACGCCCGCCAACUCAUCGCUCGGCAGCGAUCAUGGCACGUCGGUGGGUUCCCCCGACGGAUCCGUCUCGACGCCGCCGCCGCCGUCAUUGCGGGCAGUCCCAACCAUCAACUGCAGCUGCCUCUCGUCCCUCUUCCUCGCACUCGACAGCCUCUCCCGCCUGCCCCAAGAGGUGAUUCCGGCCAUGCGCGUCGCCCGCAACGCGUCCAAGGUGGCCCACGACGUCAUUAACUGCCCUAGUUGCUCUGCUCCGCUCCUCGACGGGUCUUUCGCCCCACCGCCGAUCCAGUCCUUCCAGAACCUCAUGUUCCUGGGGACUCUGGUCCCAUCCGCCUGCAACGCCUACGCUACUAUCCUAGAGAUGGUGGACACCGAGACAGCCCUGGCCAAGAAGCAAGGACGCACUUUUUGGUUCUCCUUCAAGGACAUCGGCGGCCUGUGGGGAAAGGUUGGCGAAUCAUGCGACAACUGCUCCGCUAUACACACCUACAACAACUCCAGUAUGGCCCCAGACCUGUGGCGGAUGACGAUCCGUGCACUCUUGCGGCUCGACGUGUACGGCGUUGGCCAAAUUGACUCUGGAACGCCGAGCAAUGAGAUGUACACCCAACUAGGGCUAAAAGACGUCGUGACCCUCCUGGAGGAACGCACACGCAAGCGCCAUGAUAUGCUCGAUGAGCUCAUCGCAACCGGGAAUAUUGCAAAGGCGAUGCCUAUGGGCGUCAUCUACCCGAAUAAGCCAUGCACCCCCGAGGAGCGCAACUGCGUCAGGAUCCUCGAGACGGCGCGCGUGGCCCUAGACAACCUCGUCAUCGCCUAGGGCGUCUGGAAUUCUUAGAAUCAUGAGCGGAAUGAAAGGCAUCUAUUCAAGGUGGAUGCUAUAUACUAUCUUACUGGGAGAUGGAUGGAACAAAUGGCGUGAAUAUGGACGAAAUGAACAGACCAGUCGGCCGUUAUGAACUUGGGAGGCACAGGCAUCCUGGCAUUCAA